UAAAAACAACUUGCAACAUUUUGGUUAAGGCUAAUAGAGCAAGUUGCAACCGUUUCGCCCCAUUGUGCAAAAAAUCCAGUCGUGAUCUUAGUUAUUAUCCGCGCUUUGCUUUUUUGCUGUCGGAGCUUUAGCAGUUAAUUACAGCUUAUCACAAUGGCCUCCGGAAUGCGCUACUCGCCGAAAUGGACCCAGAAGCCUACCAUGAACGAGGCUGCUGACGGGAAGAAUUUGCUGAUUGAAUGCCGUUUGACCUCUGACUCGGAGCCGCAGAUCGCCUGGCUGGUCAAUGACGCCCAGGUUCAAGACGGCGGUCGGUACAAACUGGUCUUCAAGAAGGAGAGCGGCAACGCGUAUUACGCCAGCCUCAACGUCUCCGACACGCAGAAAAAGAGCAACACCACCAAGUAUGAAGUGAAGACCAGGAAUGAUGCCGGCGAAAGCAGCGCCACCGUUAACUCGUUCUUGGGCUAAUAAAAAAACCACAGACUACUCUCUGACUAAUUUUCUCUCGCAGUCAUUUGUACGUGUAAAUGUUUUUCUAUGCGGUAACACGCGCUGCUUAUGUGACUUUCACGUAAUGCAUUUCGUAAAGAUAAAUUUGGCAUGCUGUAACGAUCAGCGGUAUUAAGGUAGCCGGAGACAAUACCGGCAUCGGCUGUUGUCUGGUGCAGUACGGUUGAUUUUUCUGCUGACAAGUAAUUAAACGAACGGCUAAGA